GACCUAACACGACAAGCAAUGGGCGAUCUCACCGUUAUGCAAGGGCCGACGACCUUUAUGUGCAUACUAUACGUUGUUCUUGGCACACUAUCCAUAAUAUGCAACUGCUUGAAUCUGUUCAUAUGGAGCUCACAUCGCGAACUUAGGAGAAAGUACAUAUAUUUAAUGGCAUUGGACGCUGGAGAGCUUGUCAAUGGAAUUAGCUAUGUGCUUGUUGGGAUGGGACGAGGGCUCGCACUCUUAAAUGGUUAUUUAUCGGAACCGCUGACCGUCCGGAAAUGCUUCGUUGAGAAAUACUGGCCACAUUCACUCAUUCUUGGCACAGAACUGCCAUCCUUUGGUAUAAUUCUUAUUUCGUGCGAGAGGCUGUGCGCAGUACUUCGUCCAGCCGCUUAUAAACGAAUUUUUAUGGGAAAAUUCAAAAGUGCUCUAUUAACUACGGUGCCAUUGGCUGGAGUUGUAAGUUAA